GCUCAUAGAUCACAAUGGCGGCCAUUUUUGUUUUGUCGUACCUGUGUUUCCCAGACUGAAAAUUCCUCAUUUCAGGUCGAAAGAAAUGUAAACAAGCCUACGUUUUUAUGGACGUUGGAUUUCCGUCGCUACCAGAUCUGUCUACACCCUUAUUCGGGUCCAGUGGUAGCAAAAGUAAAUCUAAGGAUAGCCCAGUUGAAGAAGAUCAUUCAAAACCUGUAGGCAAUGGCCAUGCUGACUCGAUGUCUGACUCAAGUGACUCAAGUUCCCAUUCCAAUUCAGACUCUGAUGCAGAGGAUGUGAAAAAUAAAAACAAUUCAUCUUCUGAGGAGGAAACUGAGCUACCAAAGCAACUUCAGACAUCUGACGAUGAUGAAGAUGAUGAUGAGGAUGACAAAAAGUCGAAGGACUCCGGUUCCGAUGAUGAAGAUGAUUCAAAGAAAAAUGAUUCAGAGUCAGAUUCAGAGGACAAGAAAGAUUCUAAUUCCGAUGGACAAUCAUCCAAUGAUGAAGAUGGAGGUGAAAAAAGUAGUGGGAAGUCUAGGAAGGAGAACCUUCAAAGAGUCCUCUUCGAUACUGAUUCCCAAGACACGGGUGAUAAUGACGCAUCUCGUGGUGGUAGUGGACGGAGAGUUACUGCUAUCAGGGAAUUGAAAGAUGAAUGGGAUCAAAAGCCGGAUCUAUACGGAAUCCGUAGAUCAGGAAGGUCAAGAAGGGAAGUUGUUCGUUACAAUGCUGGGAAUAAUAGUGGUAGUGAUAGUGACAGGAAAAAGAAACGAUCAAGGAGAAGAGAGUCUGAAGAUUGGAAAAGUCAAGAAGAUGAGGAUAAUAGUGAAGAAGCAAGCAGUGAUAGUGAGGACUUUAGGCCUGCUAAGAGCAAGAGGGCGAAGCCUCCACCAAGACCAAAACGAAGUGCUCGGGCUGCUCCUAAGUCAAGGGGGCGGACCAAGAACUUGUCAUCCUCUGAGUCUUCAGAAGAUAGUGAUUCGUACAGUAGGCCUGUCCCGCAAAGAAAAACUGCUCAGAAAGUCAGGCACAAGUAUCGCCCUACCAGGCACAAAGCUUCUAAAAAGGCUGUUAGUUACAAAGAGGAUACAGAUGAAGCCACAGAUUCUGACGACAUCAUUGAAGCUGCUACACCUGUUGCUGAGGUGGAAGAAGACAACAGGGAGACUAUUGAGAAGGUCUUGGAUGGUCGCAGAGGGAGAAAAGGAGCUACAGGGCAUAAGACAACCUUGUACAAUGUCCGCGAGAACAGAGAUCCAAAUACAACCCCCUUGAAGGAAGGAGAGAAAGAGGAAUUUGAGAAGCACUACCUCAUCAAGUGGAAAGGAUGGUCUCAUAUCCAUAAUACUUGGGAAGCAGAAGCUUCUCUAAGAGAGCAGAAAGUCAAUGGCAUGAAGAAGUUUGAAAACUUUUUGAAACGAGAAGAAGAAAUUCGGGAUUGGAAAGCAUCAGCCUCUCCUGAAGAUUGUGAAUACUAUGACUGUCAGCAGGAAAUGAUGCAGGAUCUUAUUGAGUCUCACAAGACUGUGGAAAGGAUAAUUGCUCACAGGAAAGAGAACAAUGGCAAUUCAGACUACUUGUGCAAGUGGCAAGGUCUGCCUUACUCUGAUUGCACAUGGGAGGAUGGAGACCUGAUCUCAAAACUUUUUCAGAGCCAUAUUGACAAGUACUUAGCUAGGAACAAGUCUCAGUGUAUUCCUACCAAAUUGAGCAGGGUUCUGAAGGCUCGUCCAAAGUUUGUCCCAUUGAAAAGUCAACCAGCGCAUCUGGGAGGUUCUGAUAAUUUAGCACUCAGGGAUUAUCAGUUGGAUGGUCUCAACUGGAUGGUGCAUUCUUGGUGCAAGGAAAACUCUGUGAUACUGGCAGACGAAAUGGGCCUUGGCAAGACCAUUCAGAUAAUUAGCUUCAUCUCUCAUAUGUACAACCAGUACCAGCUGUAUGGGCCUUUCUUACUUGUGGUCCCCUUGUCCACAGUGGUGGCCUGGCAGAGAGAGUUCGAUAAGUGGGCUCCAGAGAUGAAUGUGAUUAUCUACAUGGGAGACGUCGGUAGUCGAUCAAUGUUGCGGGAACAGGAGUGGAGGCAUCCAGGAAACAAACGUUUGAAGUUCAAUGCACUCAUUACUACUUAUGAAAUACUGCUCAAAGAUAAGUCUUUCCUUGGGGCUGAGUCGUGGGCCUUCCUUGGUGUUGAUGAAGCCCACAGAUUGAAAAAUGAUGACUCUUUGCUGUAUCGAUCUCUUGAGGGCUUUGACACUAAUCAUAGGAUCCUCAUCACUGGAACUCCAUUACAGAACUCUCUGAAAGAGUUAUGGUCACUGCUACAUUUCAUCAUGCCUUCAAAGUUUGAUAGCUGGCCUGAUUUUGAAGCAAAACAUUCAAAGGAGGAAGGGAAAGGGUUUAUUUCUUUGCACAAACAGCUUGAGCCUUACCUAUUGAGGAGAGUGAAAAAAGAUGUCGAAAAGUCAUUGCCUGCAAAGACUGAAAGAAUUCUGCGUGUUGAGCUUUCUUCAUUACAGAAAACAUAUUACAAGGCUAUUCUCAAAAGAGAGUUCAGAACCCUGAUGAAAGGCAUGCGUGGGAAUGUGUCAUCGUAUGCAAACAUUAUGAUGGAACUGAAGAAAUGUGCCAAUCAUGCCCAUUUGGUUGUACCUUUGGAGGAAGAGCCAGCACUAAAAGAGAGACUUCAGACUUUGCUGAAAGGAAGUGGCAAGCUAUUGCUGUUGGACAAGCUGUUGGUUAGACUGAAAGAAACAGGGCACAGAGUCCUGAUAUUCUCACAGAUGGUCCGCAUGCUGGACAUUGUUGCAGACUAUUUGCAGUGCAGGCACUUCAAUUAUCAGAGAUUGGAUGGUACUAUUCGUGGGGAUCUCAGAAAGCAAGCAUUGGAUCACUUCAAUGCUGAGGGAUCGCAGGACUUCUGUUUCCUCUUGUCUACUCGUGCUGGAGGGUUGGGAGUGAACUUGGCUACUGCAGAUACUGUCAUAAUCUUUGAUAGUGACUGGAAUCCUCAAAAUGACUUGCAAGCUCAGGCCAGAGCUCAUAGGAUUGGGCAGACGAAGCAGGUCAGUGUGUACAGGCUUGUGACCAGUUCUACUGUGGAAGAAAAAAUUGUGGAGAGUGCAAAAAAGAAAAUGGUUCUGGACCAUUUAGUCAUUCAGAGAAUGGACACAACUGGGCGCACAGUACUAGACCGAGGUUCUGCCCCAUCAAGCAGUGCUACGCCAUUUAGCAAAGAUGAACUUUGUGCCAUAUUGAAGUUUGGAGCGGAGGAACUUUUCAAGGGAACAGAGAAUGAAGAUGAAGAGGAGCAGCAGGUUGACAUCGAUGAUAUUUUGAACAGAGCUGAAGAGCAUGAAACAGAAGCCCAUGGUGUAGGGGAUGAACUUCUAUCUCAGUUCAAGGUGGCUAGUUUUGGCAACUUAGAGGAAGAGGCAGAGACGUCCAGGGCAAGCUUUGGUGAAGAAGAAGAAAAAGAUUGGGAGGACAUAAUCCCUGAAGAUGUGAGACAGAAGAUGGAAGAGGAAGAGAGGCAGCAACAGCUUCUUGAUCUUGAGCUGGGGCCUCGGAACCGAAAGACUAUCAAACAGCUGCAGGUUGAUUAUGACUCUGACAAAGAUAAAAAGAAGAGGAAGGGGAAAAAGGAGUCUGACUCUGAUGCUAGUGAUGAGGAGGAUGACGAUGAUGAUGAUGAUCAACCUAAGAAAAGAGGAAGACCAAAGGGUGCAUCUAAAGAUGGUAUUCGGGGUUUUUCAAAUGCUGAAAUCCGCCGAUUUGUCCGCAGCUACAAGAAGUUUGCAGCACCACUUAAAAGGUUGGAUGCAAUAGCUGAGGAUGCAGAGCUUCAGGAAAAGAGUGAGGCUGAGCUGAAACGGUUGAUAGAACACUUGAAAAAGUCCUGUGAGGAAGCCAUGAAAGAUCAUGCUCAAAAGCUGUUGGAAAAUCCCAGUCUUGAAGGUGCAAAGAAAACUCACAAGGGGCCAUCCUUCAAGAUCAACAGUGUAAGCAUCAAUGCACAGUCUAUGCUCAAAGCUGAAGAGGACCUGAAACCUCUUGCAGAAGCUAUUCCAGAUGACAGAGAGCAGCGCAAAAAGUGGAGGCUGGAUCACCAAGUGAAGAAAGUACAUUGGGAUUGCUUUUGGAACAUAGAUGAUGACAGCAGUUUGUUGAAAGGCAUCUAUGAAUAUGGAAUGGGCAGCUAUGAGGCCAUCAAGAUGGAUGAAAGCUUGGGACUUUCUGACAGGAUUUUACCUGAUGGGGAACUGAAGCCCCAGGCCAAGCAUCUUCAAACACGUGUGGACUUCUUGCUGAAGAUUUUGAAAGGGAAGGAUGCCACCCCAACUCCUAAUGUCAAUAAAAUUGUCAAAGCCAGAAAAAGAAAUCCAAAGUCCAAGGCAGAGGUGAUAGAUAAAGAUGAUUCCAGUAGUUCUGAUGAAGGGAAGGAGAAGAAGCCACAGGUUGUAGAUGCCCCAUCCAAGAAGAAGCAACCCCCAGUGGAGAAGGAAAUAAAGAAGGAGAAUGAUCUGUCGGACAUCAGUGACAGUGAGCUGGAUACAGAUGACGAGUCCAAGCCGAAACCAAAGGCCAACAAAGCCAAACCCAAAAAGCCCAAGAAGGAAGUGAAAGAAGAGAAGAAAGAAAAAGAGAAGCCUGUGAAAGCCAAGUCGAAAAACAAAAAGAAGUUGUCUGGUCCAAUGCAUUUCACUGCCUCAUCUGCCCCCAAGGAAAUUGGAGAGGAAGAAGAGGAAGAGGAGAGGAAAAACAUGGAUCCAAAGACCUUUGAAGAGUGCAAAGAGAAAAUGCGCCCAAUGAAGAAGGUUUUGAAGCAACUGAGUGAACCUGAUGAAAGUUUAAAUGAGAAGGAGCAAGUAUCCUUUAUUCGAAGCAUCUUGCUGAAGAUUGGCGACCACAUUAGCUCUAGCAUAGAGGAAUUGUCUGAUCCAGAAAAAAUCAAAUUUUGGAGAGACAAACUGUGGUUGUUUGUUUCAAACUUCACCACCUUGAAUCACAAGAAAUUGAGAAAGUUGUACAAAGGAGCUUGCAAGAAAAGGGAUGAUGACAGAUUAAAGGACAAGAAAGGAAAAGACAAUGGAACCGACUCUAGACAGAAAAACAAUGCCUUGAAAAGAGCGCAUGACAAAAGUGAUAAAGAAGGUAGCUCGUCAAAGAAGCAUCAGUCUGCAGGCAGGAAUGAUCGUUCUCAUCACCAUCAGCCACAUCACAAAGACAGUCAUGUAAAUAGCAAUCACAAAGGCCAACAUCAGAGAGGGCCAGGAAGUCAUCACUCACAGUUUCGCUCGGGUGUGCCAACCAAAGAUGCGUUGACCUCUGACUUAAGUGUGAGCAGCAGUGGCAGUCCGGGCAAUAACUGGACGUUGGCUAGUCCACUUUCUCGCACAGAAGAUGUUUCCCGCAGCAGAUAUGAUAGUUCCUCACAUAUGUACAACCGUCACCCUCAUUCCCAUCCCAACCCCUACUCCUCACAUCAUGAGUCUCAUCGCACUGACAGGGCUGAUUCCAAAGAUUCUUACUACAGGUUCAAUGACAGGCAAGGCCCAGGCGGACAGCACUAUCACAGAGAUUACCGGGGUCGAAAUGAGCACCGAGCAGGGUACCGCCCAGACCCGCACCGGGGCGACCAUUACCGUCCAGAGUAUGGCAACCAUUACAGGGACCAGGGCAUGUCGCAACAGCAGCACUACAGUCGGGAUCGGGCCUCAGACGAUUGGGGAACAAAUAGUCACCACUCAUACAGUGGAGAUCGCAAGCGGAGGAACAAUGACGAUUUCCAUGACUGGGAACGGCGUCAGAAAGAUCCUCGCAUGGACAUGAAGACUCGCUACCCCCCUGGCCAGCCCCCUCCCCCGGGGGAUUCCCCAAGUUUCUCCCACCACUGACCCUAGCCCUGCCUCUGAGGCAGGAAGGACUCGAUUUGCAGGCAUCAUCAGCUUCAUCUCCAUUUCAGUAUCAUCCCCUUCUCUCUCACAAACCUGUUUUUGUUUCCGCCCCGCCUCCCCCAAUUCACAUUAAUUGUCCCCCUGUGACUUAGUCUCCCAUUUGUUAGGUGUUCUGCCGUUUGUUCUUCUUGCCGUAACAAGAAGGGCCAGUGUGAUAAUACUUUGAUAAGCAUUCCAAGCCUUUGUGGUAAGCAGGAAUUACAGUUCCCUCUGUUGUAGCUUUGAAGCUGCAAGUAUCAUGCAGAUCUGGAAAAUACCAUGCGAACAUUACAGGGGGAAACAAAAGCUAAGAACACAGAAUUGUAGGAUAAGUUGCUUAGUGUAUGCCUCUCUUUUUUUUUUUAAGGUCGGCAAGGAAGGGGAAAAAUUGUUGGCGCGACUUUGGUUUGAUUUCCGUCCUUCCUGCCUCAGUGGCACCACGUUUUCACAAACUUCUGCUGACUGAUUGAUGGAUGCAAGUUGUUAUUGAAGUGUAUGAUUUAGUUUGAGUUUGCCAGUUCAGACGAGUAGGUAUACGAUGAACCUGUGAAGUCUGAAUUACCUUUAUAUUGAAUCCCUGACCAAUGCUUCCCGUUCUACUGUUUUUGCCUUACACUGAAGUGGAAAGUGACUUUACAAAUUGAUAAUGAAGUUAAAAGAUGAUAUGUUUGGAAUGGGCUGAGAUAAAUAAAGACAAAGGUUUUGUUACUCCUUGCACAAGUAAUUGUCCCUUAUAUUGGCUGGCUUUAAAAAUUAUUUGAAAUUGUUUAGAUGAUAUGGUCAUGGUCAUAAGCACAUACGCAAGUUCAUGGAAGGGAAGGAAUGCCUUGAAAACUGGGGUCAGAGCCAAGCCGUUUGGCCAGGGCAGAUCGGCCAAAUGAUAAAUGUUUUCUAUAGUGGUGAGUCCUCCUUGUUGAGUGGUUAUACUGGCAGAAAUACUGAACAUUGUGACUUGAAUUUUAGAACUGUUUUUUUUGGAAUAAAAUUACACUGUCAAUGUUUUUGUAAUUUGUUAUUUUGUCAUUUUCAGCUACCAGAAGAAAGUGGGCGUUGGCCCCGUCUUUUGAGAUUGUAUAGUGCUGUAAAUUAUGUGAUGGAUUUUUGUUCCACAACAUUAACCUAGGAGUACUUGCCUCUCAUGACUCAAAAGUGACUGGGGAAACAGGUUAGCUUUUACCACCGUCUCAAUAAUAAAAGUAUAACUGACCUCAGCACAUGCAUUAUAUCUUACAAGGAAAUGUUAUUUCCCUUCAAGAAUUUCUGACAAAGCAACUUCGACCACGAGAAAUGUGAAUUGGUCAAAUGCACACCUUUGCAAAUUUUAUGGGUUUUUAAGGGACUACCCUUGGUAUGGAGGCAGGUCCUACCAGACCUAAUGCAUUAUUUUGCGUAUUUAAAAUUAGUCACUGUACAGAAGUGACAGCUUUAAAUGAUGGUUCCCUUCCUCUUGUUAGCUGUGUCCCUUUCUGACAUGCACCCACAAACAACCUCUUAUUUGAUCCAAGGUUGCAUGAUACGAGUCUUCCAAUAUGAGAAGAUCCUGGAUUGGAAUGUCAUUUUUCUCUAAAACUACCUCGAGAAGCUGCUUUGACAGCUUUUGAAACGAUCUGGUAACGUUCACAUAAUUCUUGCAAUUGCUAAGUUUAACUCGUUCAUAUUUUUUUCUAAUCUGUAAAAUACCUUUGUUUAGAGCAGAGGCCUCCAGCAGUAUGUGAAAAUAAUCCCUGUUUUAAAUGUAGAAUUGACAUAAGUUCUGAAGUUAAAGAAGAAUUUCUGUUCUUCCAAGCUUUCUAACGGAUGACAGGAUUUUCCACUUAAAGCCCCCUUAUGUAUUUUUUUUUCCUUCCCCAAAUUGUAAAAAUUGGUCCAACCUACCCAGAAAAGGGCUCUAUUUUUUUCCACACUUCUGUCUCUAAUAAAUAUAUAUUUGAUUUUCACUUUUUGCUCUAGUUUCAUUUUCUGUUCAAAGCUGUGUCAAUUUUUACAAGACUUACUUGGAGUCAUUGAAAGUAUGGUCACUAAGAGGAAGUUUUUAUCCUAAAAACGUAGACUUGGCUUUGUCUCUGUCAAUUGUUUGCAUCUGGCCUGAGGGGAAGUGUUGUACCAGUGGCAUGGUGUCGUUUAUUUGGACUGUCUGCUCUUGUGCUUUGUCAGGAACUUAUAUGAAAGCACAAGGGUUGUCUGAAAGGUGUGGGGGCUUUGGGCUAAAGUUUGUGCAUCAUUCAGAAUUGUUAUAUUCUUGCUGCACAGUUUGUUGUUUUUCUUUUUGAGUGAAAAUUGUUACAACAGUAUUCUUCUGAAAAACAUUAUGGCCUUUCUCUGAGGAUACAAGAUGGCUUUGGUGAGAUUUCCAAAUGUCAUGGCUGUGCUUUGAACAUUUUAUGUGGUUUAACAACAGGAAUGUUGCAUUUAAUAUGAUGUAUGUUUGGUAUGCAUUGAGAUUAUUUGAACAUCUUUGGACUAUAAUAAUCUGUUGUCUGUUUAGGAGUAAAUGCUGGAGGGAACAAUUUAGCCUGCAUGCCUACCAAACCAGAAACCAAUUGACCAAAAUCUGUAGCUGAAACAAUUUGAAAGUUUCGUUUGGAUGUUUCCACUAACAUGAUUCGACCCCUCCUGACGAAAAAAAGGUUGGAAUGCCGGAUGUAGCGUUUUAAGUGUGGCCGUGUAGUGAUUCAUUGGCCAUUGGCCCAGCUAGAGCUAAAGAAAAAUUUAAUUUUAAAUUCCAAUGACAAAUCUAAUGUUAAGUUCAUUAUCGGCACCUCGAAAUCAACGAAGGCUGCGCAUAGACCACUUGUUUAAGUGCGUAUAAACUUUUACUAAUUUAAAAAGUUGUUAGUUUGGUAUUCCUACCUUGCUUCCUUUAACCUUUGAUCUGUUCUCGUGUGAUGGAAUCUACCAGACUGAAUUGCCUCUUCCUGACAAAAUAAAAGGUUGUUUCUGCUUUGGUGGACAUGCAACCAUUGGGUGCAGAGCUGUCUGGUUUCUUGGUCUAGGUUGCAGAUAUAAUGAGUUGUGAUUAGAGACCCAAAAUAGCACCCCUUAUUUAGCUUGUCCUUGCUUUUCUUUUGUUAUAAUGCUGUGUUUGUUGUGAAGAAUUAGAACUGGAAGUUGUGUGAAUUUUGCCCAGUUUAGAUUCCUUGAUAUUAUUUGACCUGUGUAGGCCUACUUCGAGGACAGGGCUCUUUCAAAUCUCUCUUAUACAGUAGAAUCUGCUUAUAUUGACAUGCUUUGGGAAGUGGAUUCCAUGUCGAUAUGUAAAGUACCAAAGACUGAGCAGUGCGAGGCGCACUCUACACACCAGUUCAAGCUUUCUUGUAGAAUGGGGUGGGAAGCGGAGUGAGUGAUCGGGAGUGGAAGUAGGUAGGUGAUGCCCAGUGCUGAGACGCUCACGUCUGUGAGGCACUACUGUCUUGGAGACUACACUGUGUAGGCCCUACAUGACCUACUAAAGCCUGGUGUGUUGAAAUAGCCUACUUGGCGUGUAAGUGGACUUAAUGAAGAACUACUGCGUUGACCAUUAAAGCGUGGCUCUCCCCCCAUUUAUGUUCGUGGGCUUCACUAGGUACCUAGGAAGCAUUAGGUACCUAGGAAGCAUGUCGAUAAAGCAGAGUGGGUCGAAAAAAAGUUGGUAUAAGAGAAUUUGUUUUGUGAAGAUAUUGAAGGAAAACUUUCGUAAUUGUCAAAAUGUUGAUAAAUCGAACGUCGAUAUAAGUGGAUUAUACUGUAUAAUUUCAUUUUGGUAUAUAAAAAAAUUGAUCAGAAUAUUAAAGCACUUUGUUUUUUAUGUAUCUUAAGUUAAGUCUUAAAAUAGGCAGCUCAUUGUUUUGUAUCCAAAUUUGUUUAGUUUUGUUUUCUCUGUUAAAUAAAUUUGACUCUACAUAGUAUUGAUUGCUAUGCUGUGGUGGCAGAUCUUUUGAUGUAUCAAAUAGUAUGAAAGGAUCUUAGUGCACAGGAAUGUGCUUUGCUUAUUUCAUGGAAAGUGAAUAGGAUUUCAGUUUUCAAGAUUAGGGGGUGAGAGGUUACACUUCUAAAUGAGGUAACACGGAGUACGGAGAAGUUUCUGUGUACUGGGAUAGGUAUUUAAGUGUGCAAGUUUUGAGAGCAACACAUAUUGAUGUGACUGAGGUGUUCAUUUCUGAUGUGCUACAUUAAUGUAUUGCAUUUGUUCUUGUACAUGACUCCUCAUUUCAUGUAUAUAGUGUAAAUAUGAAAUAAAGACAUUGAUGAAAGUAA